UUUUUGGCUUUUCAGGGAAAAGAUUGUGAAAAUGGAUCCAGCAGAGAAACAAAAGGAGGUGAAGAAAAAGGAGAAGAUAGAAAAUGGGUCAAUAAGAACCAUUUUCAUGCAUGCAAACAAAGUGGAUAUGAUGCUGAUGUUUAUAGGGUUUAUUGGAGCUGCUUCUGAUGGUAUUUCAACUGCAAUGGUAUUGUUUUAUACUUCCAGGAUGUUAAACACUAUUGGCAAUGCUCCUACUUUGGGUUCCAAAACUAUGCUCCGUAACCUCAACAAGAGUACAAUGGGUAUGUUACACUUGGCUUGUGUGUUAUGGGUUGCUUGUUUUCUUGAAGGAUAUUGUUGGACAAGAACAGGGGAGAGACAAGCUGCAAGAAUGAGAGUCAAAUAUUUGAAAGCAGUGCUGCGGCAGGACGUUGAAUACUUUGAUUUGCAUGUAUCAACCACUUCCGAUGUUAUUACCACAAUCUCUAAUGACAGUCUCAUAAUUCAAGAUGUUCUCAGCGAAAAGGUUCCAAACUUCUUGAGAAGAGUGUUCACUUUCAUAGGAUUUUAUUUGGUUGCAUUUAUACUGUUAUGGAGAUUGGCAAUAGUGGCUCUCCCCUUGGCUUUUCUUCUCAUAUUUACUGUCUUGUUUUCUGGAAGAUCUCUAAUGCGUUUAGCAAAGAAGAUCAGAGGAGAAAAUAGCAUAGCAGGGACAAUUGUACAGCAGGCAAUUUCCUCCAUUAGAACUGUUUAUGCUUUUGGUGGCGAGAAAAAAAUUGUGGAAGAACUCUCUCAAGCUCUAAAUGGGACAACCAAGUUGGGGUUAAGGCAGGGCGUGGUAAAGGGCUUGGCAAUAGGAAGCAAAGGUACUGUUUUUGCAAUUUGGUCUGCCAUGGCUUACUAUGGAAGCACGCUGGUAAUCCACCACCAUGUUCAAGGAGGAACUAUUUUUGCAGUGGGAAGCUCCAUUGUCCAUGGUGCAAUGGAACUGGGUUUUGGUUUAUCCAUUCUGAAAGACAUAGCAGAAGCUUGCUCUGCUGGAAAACGUAUAAACGAGAUGAUAAAACGAGUCCCGAAGAUUGAUUCAGACAACUUGGAAGGAAAAAUCUUAGAAGAUGUUUCUGGUUUUGUAGAAUUUAAGCAUGUAAAAUUUGCAUACCCGUCAAGACCAGAAAGUAUUGUGUGCAAUAAUUUAUGCUUGACUAUCCCAGCAGGAAAGUCUAUUGCUCUGGUUGGUCCUAGUGGAUGUGGAAAAUCCACAGUUUUAUCUUUGCUUCAAAGGUUUUAUGAUCCAAGAGAGGGAGAGAUUGUUCUGGAUGGGGUUGCCAUUGACAAACUGCAACUCAAGUGGUUAAGGUCUCAAAUGGCUCUGGUGAGUCAAGAACCUUCACUACUCUCCACCACAAUCAAGGAGAAUAUACUUUUUGGCAAAGAGAAUGCCUCGAUGGAAGCUGUUGUUGAGGCUGCCAAUGCUUCCAAUGCUCAUAAUUUCAUUUGUGAAUUGCCUCAAGGGUAUGAUUCUCAGGUUGGAGAGAGAGGUGCUCAAUUGUCAGGGGGACAAAAACAAAGAAUAGCAAUUGCUCGAUCAAUUAUACGAAAACCUCGAAUCCUACUUCUUGACGAGGCUACAAGUGCACUAGACUAUGAAUCGGAAAGAGCUGUCCAAGUGGCCUUGGACAAGGUGGCAGUAGGUCGAACAACAAUAAUCAUAUCUCACCGCUUGUCCACCAUAAAAGAUGCCGACAUUAUUGCCGUCAUAAAAGAUGGUCAAGUUAGGGAAACCGGGUCACAUAAUGAAUUGAUACGAGAACAAAAUGGCCUUUACAACUCACUUUUCCAUCAAAAAACUGAGAAUGAACUCCAAAGUACUCCAAAUGAAUGUUUAUUUCAUUCAUCCUCCUCUGCAUCAAACAAUGACCUCAAUAAAACCAAGAUUCGUUCUUCUUCUAAGGCAAAUCAGUCAAGCUCUGACAACUCAUCAAUACUUGCUUACCAAGCUUCCCUUGCUAAACUUGACGCAAUAAAAGAUCCAAAGUUGCCUCCACCAUCAUUUUGGAGAUUGUUGUCUUUGAAUUCACCAGAAUGGAAGCAAGCGACAAUUGGGUGUUUGAGUGCAAUCUUUUAUGGUGCAAUUCAGCCUCUGUUUUCAUUUACUAUGGGAUUCUUGAUUUUCGUGUUCUUCUUAACUGAUCACGAAGAGAUUAAGCACAAGACAAAUAUUUAUGCAUUGUGCUUUCUUGGGUUGUCAGUGUUUGCGCUUCUGCUCCCACUAAUCCAGCAUUUUAGUUUUGCAUACAUGGGGGAGUACUUGACAAAAAGAACUAGAGAAAGAAUUCUUUCAAAGAUACUCACUUUCGAGGUUGGCUGGUUUGAUAGAACAGAGAAUUCCACCGGUAUCAUCUGCUCAAGAAUUGCCAAAGAUGCAAAUGCAAUGAGAUCUUUAUUGGGUGAUAGAAUUUCACUUCUUGUACAAAGUUGUGCAGCAGUAAUCAUAGCAUGGACGUUGGGCCUGUUCAUAGCAUGGAGGCUUGCCAUCAUCAUGAUAGCCACUCAACCUUUGGUUAUUGCAUGCUUUUACACCAGAAGUAUCCUAUUGAAAACCAUGUCCAAGAAAGCUAUCAAAGCACAAGAUGAAACGUGCAAACUUGCAUCUGAAGCAGUUUCCAAUCUUCGAACCAUUACUGCUUUCUCUUCUCAAGAUCGAAUAUUGAAAAUGCUCAAAGAUGCACAAGAUGGUCCACAUAAAGAGAGCAUCCGACAGUCGUGGUUUGCUGGUUUUGGGCUUGCCUUCUCUCAAAGCUUUAAUAUUUGCACCUGGUGUAUGUACUAUUGGUAUGGUGGCAGGCUUCUUUCCAAUGGCUACCUCAUAGGUAGAGAAUUAUUUCAGACAAUGGUAGUCAUAAUACAAACAGGACAUGUCAUAGCAGACGCUGGAAGUACGACCCUUGAUCUAGCCAAAGGCUUUGAUGCUGUCAAUUCCAUCUUUGUUGUAUUAGACAGAGACUCAGGAAUUGAGCCUGAAAACCCACAAGGUAAUCAGCCUGAACAAUUAAAUGGACAUUUAGAGUUCCAUGAUGUGCAUUUUGCAUACCCAACUAGGCCAGACCUAAUGAUUUUCCAAGGCUUCUCAAUCAACAUUGAAGCUGGAAAAUCUACAGCCUUAGUAGGACAAAGUGGUUCAGGGAAAUCAACAAUCAUUGGACUAAUAGAGAGAUUCUACGACCCACAAAAAGGUUCGGUGGAAAUUGACGGCCAAGAUAUAAGAUCCUACCAUCUAAGAUCAUUGAGAAAACACAUUGCAUUUGUUAACCAAGAGCCAACAUUAUUUGCAGGCACAAUUAGAGAAAACAUUGUAUAUGGAGCACCUAAAGAGAUGACUGAAACAGAGAUCAUUGAGGCCGCUAAGGUAGCAAAUGCUAAUGAUUUUAUCUCAGGCCUUAAAGACGGUUAUGAAACUUGUUGUGGGGAUAAAGGAAUACAGUUAUCUGGAGGCCAAAAGCAAAGAAUUGCAAUAGCUAGAGCUAUACUGAGAAAUCCAACAAUACUGCUAUUAGAUGAGGCAACUAGUGCUCUUGAUAGUCAGUCAGAAAAAAUGGUCCAAAGUGCUUUGGAAAAUGCUAUGGUGGGGAGGACAAUUGUGGCGGUGGCUCAUAGAUUGACCAGUAUAAAGAAUUGUGAUGUGAUUGUGGUUUUGGAAAAGGGAAUGGUUGUCGAAAAGGGAACACAUUCUGCUUUAAUAGCCAAAGGUUCCGAAGGUGCUUACUACUCUUUAUGGAGUGUGCAAAAAUCCAAAGGAGGUUCACAUAUUAAUGAAUAAAAGUGAACUUUUUAAAUUCUGAUUUUAGCUUCUUUAAUUGUCUAUAAUCAAAUUACCAA